AUGUCUCUGUUUACGUGGUGCUCGCGACGGGCAGGCGGCCUUAGCAUGGUAGCGCUGAUUAUACUUUGCUAUCAUGUAAUCUCGCAGGCUUGGACUCUGGAGCGGCACGGCAGUGGCAAGAUAAGCCCGUCGUCUCAAGCACCUACCCAAUACUCGCCCACCCCGAGCCCCGGCCCGGGCAUUUGGACCUUGGUCUUUGCCUACUACUGCCUGUUGAUUCACGUCCUUGUCUUUGCCUUCCCUCUGCGCGCCUGCUGGUCGGUCUGGGAUAUCACUCGAUCUCUCAAGCAGUCUGUGCGGAGCAAUGCGGCGUUGGACAGGUUGAGGGGGAACGAUGCUGGCCGACGCGGGUCAUGCGCCUCCAUCUCAAGCGCCGAGACGUUGACAUCCGAGACAAUGACAUCGGAAAGUAACGCCAUUUCAUCGACCACUAGCGAUACGAGCAACUUCGUCUUCGACAGGUAUACAGACGCUGCCAACUGUUCGCCGUGCUCGAUUAUCCACGCCAUCAUCAUCCCCAACUACAAGGAGGAGCUGGACACCCUCAGGGAGACGCUAGAGGUUCUGGCCUCUCACCCGCAGGCGCAUUAUUCGUAUGAUAUUUAUCUCGGCAUGGAGCACCGCGAGACCAACGCCGAAUCCAAAGCCCUUGGCCUUAUCGAGGAGUUUUCGAAAAGGUUUCGGUCGAUCGACUACACACUUCAUCCUGCUGACAUUCCCGGCGAAGCCGCUGGGAAGGGUAGCAAUGUGGGGUGGGCGGCCAGGACACUGAGCGCAAAAUAUCCCAUGGCUGCGCGCCGGGAUGUCAUUGUCACGGGAAUCGACGCCGAUAGUCAUCUCUCCCCGAGGUACUUUGCCAACAUUACCAGCAUGCACGUGGCAUACCCAGACACAGCAACGACGACCUUGUAUGCGGCACCAAUAAUAUUUGACCGCAACGCCCACAGUGUGCCUGCCAUUGUCCGCGUAGCAGACAUCUUGUGGGGUGCCGCUGGCAUGUCUGGUCUGUACCGUGGCUCGGCAGUUGCGCCACCGACCUCCGUCUACUCCUUGCCCCUGGAGCUUGUUGACCGAGUGGGAGGCUGGGACUGCGAUGCCGAGGCCAUUGGCGAGGACCUGCACAUGUACCUCAAGUGCUUCUUUGCGCUCAACGGCAAUCUCACCUGUCGCACGGUUCUGAGCCCGGUGAGCCAGACCAAUGUCACCGGAGGGGGCAAGGGCGGCAUCCGAGGAACCAUUGUCGAUAUGAGGGCCCGAUACAAGCAGGCCAUUCGGCACAUGUGGGGGGCCUUGGAUACGGGCUUCGCCAUGCGGCAGGUCGUGGACAUGUGGCAGGAGCGGAAGCACACAUGCCGCGCUUUCCGGCCCCUCCACCAAACACAAGGCGAUGGCCCUAGUUGCUACACCCCGGAAGCGCAGUUCGACGGCGGUUCCGAGCGGUUCCAAGAGGAUGCCUUUUCCGACGUGUCUCAGGGCUCCCUCAAGGAGCUUCAUUGGGAAAACAUAUUCUACCUGUUCCACCGCCUGUUCGAGGCUCACUUCCUUCCGGUUCAUAUGACGAUCGUUGUACUGGCCUCGGCGCUGUACGUGUGGGCCACGGAUGGCACUGACGACUUGGAGCAGCUCGGGUGGAUCUUCUCGCUGUGCACCGUGCUUCGUACCAUGGGCUUCAUGGAGAUAGCGUGCUACAUGUUCCUAUACGAGAGCUUUCACCGGACGUGCGUUACGACGCGCGAGAGGGAUAUGACAGCUGCCAAACUCGCCGACGGCAUGUGCUUCUCGCACCGAUCCAUGAAGAAGAACUUCAUGGACUACGUCUUGGUGCCCCUAGUUGCGCCUCUUUACGGAGCUAUCCCCUGUGCGCAGGCGGAAAUCUGUCACUUUUGGACCGUCGAAUUGGUGUAUACGGUCAGCAAGAAGGUCACGAGACAAAGAGCGACACCCCUCAUGCCGGAGAACUUGGUCUGA